UUUGACAGUUGACAUUUUGCGGUGUUUAGCGUCUGUAUACAGCCCUUUUAUAUUAAUUUACCAAAAUCAAGCCCUUUAUAUGCACUAACUGGUGAUGUACAGUUUUACAAAUUCAUCACGCGUUCGGCAAUUUUAAAAAAAUUUACAAAGCAGUGCUUGUGAUAUUGGAAUCAAGAUGAUGGCCUACGGCCCCAAGAAGGACGGGAGCCCUAACGUGAAGUACUUCGAGGCCCCCGAAACUCUCGCCGCACUUGAAAUGGUCAGACAAUGGCUGCAGAAAAACGGAAAAAAGUAUUUACAAGCUGACCCCGUCACGAACAAAAGUUUGUCGCUGCUGGCGCUGCAACUAAUGCAGUUUCAAGAAGACUUUCUCGGGAAGAACGUACAGAAGACUCCCAUGACGAGGAUACCGGUGAGGUAUUUCCUGGAUUUCAAGCCCGGAGGGUCGUUGUGUCAUAUGUUGCUGACGGCGUAUAAGUUCAAGAGCGAGCAUAACUGGAGGAGGUUCGAGAUUCCCACGGGAAAGAGCACUGGCAAGUUAGAGCGCGUCUUCGAAAUGUUCAAAUGCAUGGAAAAGGUCUUGAUGCAAAACCGCUUCUACACGGUCCCCACCGUCUACAUCCGCCCCGAAGUGGAAAAGUCCCUAGCCGCUAAAUUACGCGAAAUCGUCUGUCGGAAAUUUGCUCAAGUUGCAGAGACCGAAGAAAUGGCCACUCACAUUUGUUACCCCCCUGUAGACCCCGCUGAAGAAGAGUACGGACGUCCGGUGUUCAAGCGCGAGAAAAUGGUCAUGAUGCACUGGUACUAUUUCCCGAAUUCGUACGACACUUGGAUCAGUCUAGACAUAUCUGGCGAUGGUGUGAGUACCGACGUUCCGAGUCCCAGAGCCGAACCGUGGCGAGUGUCGUGCUCGUGGUUACUAGAAACCGACCACUACAACGAGUGGAUGUCUGAAGAAGACUACGAAGUGACGGAGUUGGGACACAAGAGGAUUCACCCGUUGAGGAUGUCAGUGGAAGACGUGAUGAAUCCCUCCAACGACGACAGGUCGAAAAAGAAACAAAAGCGGAAACGGUCGCCGUCGCCGUCGUCCAAAGUCGGGAAACGCAAAAGCGGGCGGAGCCCGGCCAUCGGGAAAAAACAAAGACCGGACGAAAUGGAAGCGGAAGAUUUGACGAAAGACAUGGAGGAGCCGACGCCCGAACCUAACAUUGUUGAAGUUAAUUCGGCAAUCGCGAAUCAAAACAGCAAAAAAGACCAUGAAUUGCAGCCUUUGAAAGGGGGCUCGGUUACGGACUUGGAGGAGUCGGAGGAACGAGGCGAGGACUCGCAAAAUGGAAAAAAUAGCGAUAGUAAUACUCAGGAUGACGGACAAGAGGAUAAUGUUACUGAGCAGACGCAUCAUAUAAUUAUACCGUCGUACUCGGCGUGGUUCGACUAUAACGCUAUUCACGAGGUGGAAAAAAGAGCUCUACCUGAGUUCUUCAACGGUAGAAAUAAAUCGAAAACUCCCGAAAUAUAUCUAGCUUAUAGGAAUUUUAUGGUUGACACCUACAGGCUAAACCCAACGGAGUAUAUCACUAGUACGGCGUGUCGUCGAAAUCUAGCAGGCGACGUCUGUGCGAUAAUGCGAGUCCACGCGUUUUUAGAACAAUGGGGCUUGAUUAACUAUCAAGUUGACACAGAUUCCAGACCUACCCCCAUGGGUCCACCACCGACUUCCCAUUUUCAUAUUUUAUCGGACACCCCGUCGGGUCUGCAACCUGUAAACCCACCCAAAACCCAACAACCCAGCGCCGCUAAAACCCUCCUAGACCUGGAUAGGUCCCAGGAGCUCAAAAAAAUCGAAGGUCCCGAUCAAAUGACCAAUUUCGGGUUAAAAUUGGACCAGUACAUCAAAAAACCCGCCGCUUUGAGAAACAAAAGCGCCGCCUCUUUAACCCGAGACUGGACGGAACAAGAAACUCUUUUGUUAUUGGAAGGUCUCGAGAUGUACAAAGACGAUUGGAACAAAGUUUGUGAGCACGUGGGUUCCCGAACCCAGGACGAGUGCAUUUUGCACUUUUUGCGUUUACCGAUUGAAGAUCCAUACCUGGAGGACCCCGAAGCCGGUGGUGCACUAGGUCCACUAGCCUAUCAACCGAUUCCUUUCAGUAAAGCGGGGAACCCUAUUAUGUCCACAGUAGCCUUUUUAGCUUCCAUAGUGGAUCCUAGAGUGGCCGCCGCCGCCGCCAAAUCCGCCAUGAACGAAUUCGCCAGCAUAAAAGACGAAGUCCCCGCCGCCGUCAUGGACGCCCACUUGAAAAACGUGGAAGCCUCCUCCGCCGAGGGAAAGUACGACCCUGCAGCCAACCUAGCCCUCACCGGAAUCGCAGGCACCGCCCCCGAGAAAGAAGAAGACGACAAAAUCAAAAAAGAACCCGAGACGAAAGAAGAAGAAAAACCCGACGAGAAAAAACCCGAAGAAAAGGACGAAAAAGAGGACAAAACGAUAAAGACAGAGGCGGCCGCCGAGCCCGUCAAGAGCGAAAAACCCGAGCAACCCGAACCCAAGUCCGAGCGCACGGUGAAAGACAGCGAGAUGCAGAGCGCCGCGGCCGCCGCGUUGGCGGCGGCCGCCGUCAAAGCCAAGCACCUGGCGGCGGUCGAAGAGCGCAAGAUUAAGUCACUGGUGGCCUUGUUAGUGGAAACACAGAUGAAGAAGCUCGAAAUCAAGCUGCGGCACUUCGAGGAGCUGGAGACGACGAUGGAGCGCGAACGGGAGGGGCUGGAGUAUCAGCGGCAGCAGCUGAUCACGGAGCGGCAGCAGUUCCACCUGGAGCAGCUGAAGGCGGCGGAGUUCAGGGCGAGGCAGCAGGCGCACCAGAGGCUGCAGGCCGAUCAGGGCCAGUGGGCUUUGCAGCAGCCGCAGAUGACGCAUACGGCGCCGCCCAACGAGGGGGCGGCCACCAACACGCCCACGCCUCCCAGUCCGCAAGCCGCCGCCGUCGCGUCCCCCGGGGCGCCGCAUCAUCAUAUUUAAGCUGCAAGUUUGGUUCGUAGGCGUAGGAGUUUUUUUAUUACGAUUCGCAUUCUUUUGUCUUUUUAAGUAUACAUGAUAUGAUUUGGGCUUUUAUUUUUAUUAUAUUAUGUAGGAGUCUACAUUUCGUGAUUGAUUUGUAAGUGGUUCUUGUAUUAAAUAUGUACAAAACU